AUGGCCGGUAAGAAGGGUAUUGUGGUGAACACCUCGGAGGGCACCAAGGAGCGCCACUUCUGCUACUGCCUCGUGGCAGGUAUCGAGAAGGCUCCUCUUCGAGUUUCCAAACGCAUGAGCGCAACCAAAGUACAAAAGAGAAUGCGCCCCAAGGCAUUCAUCCGCUACGUCAACGUCCGUCACCUUAUGCCCACUAGACUCAAGCCUGGGCGCGUGGUGGUGGUCCUCAACGGCCGCAUGGCCGGUACACUGUACACUGUAAGCAAUGACUUCGACGUGAAGUCCCUCGUCCCCGAUGCUGCUUUGGAGGACAGCGCCUCACGAAAGGCAGCUAAGAAGGCCCUCGCCAGCAUUUUCUACGAGAAGUUCAUGAACCCCAUCAACGAGAAGGCUGGCAAGGUCUCGAAGGACGUUCUUUUCCUCCGCAAGAAACUCAGAUUCUAA